AUGGCAGACAUUGCCACGUACGGAUCGGGAGGUUAUGUUGCCAGAGUAGGCAGAAACAUAGAUACCGCCCUCGCUGUCAUCGCUGACCUGAAGGAAGCCGACUGGAUUGAUCGCUAUACACGCGCUGUCGUUGUAGAGUUCACGGUUUAUAACGCCAACAUCAACUUCUUCAGCACGAUGUCGUACACGGUGGAGUUCCUCAACAUGGGAGGGGCGGUGUCGUCCCGUUCUAUCCGGACCUAUCGCUUACAUCGGUUCGUGGGCCCAGCUGGGUAUAUAAUCCUGGCUCUGCACAUCCUUUACGUGGCGUGUUUCCUGUACACGCUGUACAGGGAAGUAAAACUGAUGAAGGAACAAGGAAAAAGAUACUGCCAACAACCGUGGAACUUUCUCGAGAUUGUCAACAUCCUGGUUUCUUUCAGCGCAUUUGCCGUGUUCGCCGUAGACUACAUUACAUCGAGGAAUACCAUGGACAAGUUACUUCGUCAUCAUGAGUCGUCGAAGUUCAUCAGCUUCGAUCUUGCUUCCUUCUGGAACCAGGCGUUUGUUUGGACAGUGGCCACCGUCGCCUUCAUCAACAUCUCAAAGUUUCUUCGCCUCCUUCGCUUCAACCCGCUCAUGUCUGUCUUGAUGACGUCAUUACGGCGGAUGCUACCAGAGGUCACGGGCUUUGCCGUCUACUUCACCUUCCUGUUUCUGUCAUUCGUGCAGCUGGGACACUUGAUGAUGGUAGCGCUCUGUAUCAGGUCACGGUGGUUGACAGCGUCUACUGUGGCUCUGUAG